GGUGGCGCCGCCUCUGAGCCAGGAGGCCGUCAGGUGAUGAGGGUGAUGGGCCUUGUUUCACGGGUGCCUAGGCGGAUGGCCCAUCCAUCUGUCGAAUUGUACCUAUCGCCUAUGGCAGCAACAUCUGACCUGCCUACACACCCGUUCGCUUCGCUAUCUCCAUCUAUUGGAAGCCUAGCUUAGACAAACCCAUCUACCCUGCCUUACCCGCUGAGGGACCUCGUGCACACCAUACCCAACUCUGUUACCAACAAAUCUACCCGAACAUCGAACAGCUCGUGACGGCCGUCAGGCUUCCUCCGCCCUCCAUCCUCACACUUAUCAGCAUUGCUCGCCGAUUCCCUCCGUCGUCUUCGUCGACAUCCUCGACGACCGGCCCGCCUUCUUGGACAUAAGUAACGAGCGACGUCAUCGUCUUGGCCGCGAAUACUCUGCUGUCUGGCCCUACCCCGCGGUCGACACCCACGCCGGCAUCGCGUCGGUCUCCCUUUGCGAGUCGAGCAUCCCUCGAUAGUCAUCGCCGAGCUAUCCUCGACCUCGUGUAGCGCGUUUUAACCGCAAUGUCCGGCGUCUGGGGCUGGUUUGGCGGCGGCGCUGCCCAGAAGAAGAAGGACAGUCCGAAGAAUGCGAUCCUCGGCCUGCGGGCACAGCUGGAUAUGCUCCAGAAGCGCGAAAAACAUCUCAUGACCCAGAUGGAGGAACAAGACGCCAUCGCGCGAAAGAACGUCAACACGAAUAAAACCGCUGCGAAGGCUGCCCUGCGGAGGAAGAAGGGGCACGAGCACAGUCUCGAGCAGACGAUAUCGCAGAUUGGGACGCUGGAGCAGCAGAUCAACGCCAUCGAGUCCGCCAACAUCAACCGGGAGACCCUCGCCGCGAUGCAGAGAGCAGGCGAAGCGAUGCAGCAGAUCCACGGGAAGCUCACGCCAGAAAAGGUCGACGAGACUAUGGACAAACUGCGGGAACAGAACGUUCUCAGCGAGGAGAUUGUCGCUGCCAUCACCAGCAACCAGAUCGGGGAGCCGCUGGACGAGUCGGAGCUGGACCGAGAGCUCGAGGACAUGCAGCAGGAAGAACUCGAAGAGAAGAUGCUCAAGACUGGCACCGUACCCGUGUCCGACGCGGUAAACCGACUACCUACAGUUGCCAACCAAGAAAUCCGUGGUAAGCCCCAGGCUAUCGCGGAGGACGACGAAGAAGUAGAGCUUCGGAAGCUCCAAGCGGAGAUGGCCAUGUAACGUUCCCGGUUUCUACGUCCAUUCCACGCAGCCUCCUCUUAUCCCGGAAACGGUGGCGUGAGGCCAUAUUGAGGAACCCGACACCGGUGAUCUCCUACAGACAAGCGGCUCCAUAGACAGCGCCAGCGAUGCUUUGAGCUCGGCUUCGAUCAAGCCGCUCCGAAUCAGGCAGUCUAUCAGAAAACAGACCUCUCCCCGCGUCGGGCUCCUCGCACUCAUUUACGGCGUUGGCGUUAUAAGACCCUUAGUGCUUCGUUGGCGGUUACACCUGUUUAGCAACUUCGGCUUCGUAAAUUACACAUCUUCUAGUCUCCCUGUUUGGGCCGUCUUUCGCCGAAAUAUAAUCGAUACGAAUCCACGUCGGUAGAUAGUGAUAAAUGUGCCUGUGCUCUGCUUGUCGCUCGGCCAUCGAUCGGCCUACGGGUUGGAGUAACCCCAACAAAUUAGUCCCGAUAAUCAUGGUGUCAUGCCGGAAGUUCCCUUCUUUACAUGUAUAGCAACGCCACCAGAUGCUAUCAAACUCGCCGCAGCCUGUGAGUUCUGGCUUACCGCAUAGGCUGAAAAAAAAAGGGAUAAGUAGAGUACUGUAGGCGCAUGGUCCUAGUGUGCUUCGUGUACAUAUGUAGCCAACCAUGUAUAAUAAUAAUUACA